AUACAAAAACAAGAGGCGUCAUGGGUUCCAUGACAACCACCGUCCUCAUCACUCACGGUGCUCCACGUCCAUCCUGACUCCUGAUUAGCAAUAGCAAUAAUAAAGAUUGAGCGGAGCAUCCUGAAGAAGAACCGCGCGCGACCGGCGCAGCGCCGUGGAUUUCUUUCGCUCACAAAAAGAACUGCCGAACUGGGAGGAAAAAGGGGGCAUUCUUUCGGUGCGUGCGAGGCAAAAAUAGCGCUGGCGAAAGCAGCAUGGGCCAGUCUCUGAUGAAGUUCUUCUUCGACAGCUCCUGCCAGAAAGAAGUGAAGGUUGUGAUGCUUGGGCUGGACGCCGCCGGCAAAACGACGAUCCUGCACCGGCUACACGUCGGCGAAGUUCUGUCGACGGUGCCGACAAUCGGUUUCAACGUGGAGAAAGUUGAGUACAAGAAUGUGGCCUUCACGGUGUGGGACGUUGGAGGGCAGGACAAGCUGCGGCCGUUAUGGAGGCAAUACUUGAGCAACUCGGACGCCUUGAUAUACGUUGUUGAUUCGACGGACAGGGACCGGAUUGGGGUUGCCAGGGAGGAGUUCCAGGCCAUCGUCAAGGACCCGCUCAUGCUCAGCAGCGUUCUUCUAGUGCUCGCCAACAAGCAGGAUAUGAAAGGCGCGAUGAGCCCUUCCGAAGUGGGGCAGCGCCUGGGCCUGUACGACCUCAAGAACAGGGCGUCGCGUGCCGUGGGGGCCUGCGCGCUCACCGGCGAGGGUCUGCACGAGGGGCUCGGUUGGCUGGCGGCGACCCUCAAGGACGCGCACACAUGGGGAACCUCCGUCCGCUUCUAGUGCCGGGUUUUUUUUUUUUUCUUCAGGCGUAUCACCAUUUCCUGCGUAUAGGCAGGCCAUUUGGUCGAAUUGUGAAUCUGUCGUUUGGCUCGAAAAUUUGUGCUUUUAUUAGAAAGGAAUGGGAAAAAAAACUGCAAGA